CUGCCCCUCCCCAGUAUCUGCCUGCUUGUCCCAGAGUCCCGAGGAACUGUCUGCCUGCCUGAAGAGGCACCGCCAGACCAUGGAAGAUGUGUGUCUUGGGGACCCCCACUUCCUCUCCCCGCCCGGAAACCAGGUCCUGGGGCCUGCGCUGGGUGAAGUGGUCACUCUGAACUGCACCGCCUGGCUGGCCUCUGGGCCCCACUGCCCCCAGCCCUCCAUCCAGUGGCUGAAGGACGGGCAGCCGCUGGGAAACGGGAGUUAUUCCAGCCUCCACGAGGACAGCUGGUUCAACGCCAACCUGUCCGCGCUGUGGACGAGCAGCGUCCUGGGGGUCAGCCUGGCCAGUGCGGAGGACUACGGGGCCUUCGCGUGCUGCGUCGGGAACGCGACCUCGGCCUCCUUCACUCUCCGCAGAGCCGGUCCGGCGGGCCACGUGGCCGCGGUGCUGGCCGCCCUGGGGGUCCUGCUGGCCCUGCUGCUGGGCGCGCUGCUCUACGUCAAGUGCCGGCUGGACGUGCUGCGCUGGUACCAGGACGCCUACGGGGAGGUGGAGGUCAACGACGGGAAGCUCUACGACGCCUUCAUCGCCUACAGCGACAGCCCCGAGGACCGCAAGUUCGUGGACUUCGUCCUGAAGCCUCAGCUGGAGCGCCGGCGCGGCUACAAGCUCCUGCUGGACCACCGGGACCUGCUGCCCCGGGCCGAGCCCUCGGCCGACCUGCUGGUGAACCUGAGCCGCUGCCGGCGCCUGGUGGUGGUGCUGUCGGACGCCUUCCUGGGCCGGGCCUGGUGCCGUCACAGCUUCCGGGAGGGCCUGUGCCGCCUGCUGGAGCUCACGCGCCGGCCCAUCUUCAUCGCCUUCGACGCCCCGCGCCGCCGCCCCGCGCACCCCGCGCUGCUCCUGCUGCGCCAGCACCGCCACCUGGUCACGCUGCUGCUCUGGAGGCCCGGCUCGGCGGCCCCGUCCUCCGACUUCUGGAAGGAGUUGCAGCUGGCGCUGCCGCGCAGGGUGCAGUGCCGGGCCCUGGCCCUGGAGGCGGACCCCCAGACCCAGCGGCAGGACGACAAGGACCCCAUGCUGGUGGUGCGAGGCGGCGGCCGUGACAGUCACAUCCUGGAGCCGGAGCUGGACCCCGACCCCGAGGGAGACCUGGGCGUCCGGGGACCUGGAUUCGGGCAGCCGGCGGCCCCACUGCAGGCAGGCGCAGAGCUGGACAUCUCAGACCUGGGCUCCAGGAACUACAGCGCCCGCACGGACUUCUACUGCCUGGUGUCCAAGGACGACGUGUAGCCGCCCGACCCCCGACGCUGACC